AUGAGUUUUCCGCUGGAAAACCCUCAACUCCUUAAGCCGCUGGCUCAUCAUGAUGUUGUCGAGACGCCGCCAAGGCCUGCGUCGCCUGAGUACAGGUUUGGUACGAGGGCGGUGCAUUCGGGAGCUCAUAUUGAUCCCAGUACAGGUGCCGUGAUUGCGCCGAUUUCGCUGUCUACGACCUUUGCGCAGUCAAGCGUCGGAAAACCAAUUGGUAAUUAUGAGUACACUCGCAGCGCAAACCCCAAUCGGGACCACUUCGAAGAAGCCGUCGCUGCCCUCGAACACGCCCGCUACGCGCUCGCGUUCUCCUCCGGCUCCGCGACAACAGCAAUAAUCCUGCAAUCCCUCGCCGCCGGUUCCCACGUUGUUUCCGUCUCGGACGUCUAUGGCGGCACGCAUCGCUACUUCACCAAAGUCGCAGCUGCGCACGGCGUAAACGUCACGUUUACACCAACCCUCGAAAUCGGCACCGAAGCCAUCCUCAAACCAGACACGAAACUGAUUUGGAUUGAGUCGCCCACGAACCCUACCUUGAGUUUGGUGGAUAUCCGCGAAGUCACGAAUAUUGCGCACAGGCAUGGCAUUCUGGUGGUGGUGGAUAACACGUUUAUGAGUCCUUAUAUUCAGAAUCCAUUGGAUUAUGGAGCGGAUAUUGUCGUGCACUCGGUUACAAAGUAUAUCAAUGGACACUCUGACGUCCUGAUGGGUGUCGCAGCAUUCAAUUCCCCCGAACUCAAGGACCGCCUCACCUUCCUCCAAAACGCAAUUGGCGCCGUACCCUCGCCAUUCGACUGCUGGCUUGCCCACCGCGGCAUGAAAACACUACAUCUGCGUGCGCGCGAAGUUACCAAGAACGCAACCGCCGUCGCAAAGGCUCUCGAGGCCUCUCCACUCGUAAAAUCAGUGAAUUACCCGGGCCUUGACUCGCAUCCUCAGCGGUAUAUUGCUAAAAAGCAACAUCGCGAUGCCAUGGGUGGCGGAAUGCUCAGUUUCCGGAUCCACGGUGGUCACGCUGCUGCCGAACGGUUCUGUCAGAAAGUGCGUGUCUUUGUGCUAGCGGAGAGUUUGGGUGGGAUUGAGAGCCUGUGUGAGGUGCCGUCGAGCAUGACGCAUGCUGGUAUACCGAAGGAUCAGAGGGAGGCGGUCGGGGUGUUUGAUGAUUUGGUAAGAUUGAGUUGUGGAAUUGAGGAUGCGGAUGAUCUUGCAGCGGAUGUUUUGCAGGCGUUGGAGAAGUCGGUUGCGCCUGCUAAUGGUGCUUGA